UUUUGAAUUGCUGCUGUUAGUUUCACGAUUCGUAGUUUCUUAAAGUAAAAUAAUCAAGAGUUUCAUAAUAUCACGUGGAUAACUACAUGCAGACAUCUGACAACUCCUGCGCUCAAGUCUUUUUAAUUAAAAGGAGAAAAAUAACAAUUUUUUUUUAAGAUUGAUCAACCAAGCAGGCUAGAAAUUUAUCAAAAUGCCUAAAGCAUCAAAGGUGACAAAUAUUGGGGAGCAUUAUGGAAAACGGGACAUGGAGAGAAUUGGAAUAUUUGCUGAGACUGGCUGGUUGCAUGGAGUGCCCUAUGUGUCACCACACGGUUAUGAAUUCCGUAAAGGAGGAACAAAAGGACGACAGAUGAUACCCGGAGGCAGCAAGACAAAAGUAGGACUACAAGACUGCUACUUUGAUAAAGGACCUUACAAAAGAAUAUUUGAAAGCGAAGCAUAUUCAAGUGCAGUGAGGGAAAACUACCUUGCCUCGAUGGCGUCAUCCAAGAGGAACGUUUCAAGUGCCCCUUUCAUCGCUGGUGCAUGUGGAAAAAAGCAUAGCACACCAGGGGACUUCUAUGGAACCUUUGCUGGUCGAAUAAAAGCCAUGAGUCGACAAGAAAAGGCUCGCCCACCCCACAAAUCUGAGCCACCCAAUGUUAAGACAAAUCCUGGGAAAAAAGGCACUUACGGAUAUGUAGACAUCACUUUCAGUAGAUUUCCCAAGCAUAUGUCAGAACCGUACCAGUCACGGUUUGGUAUGGCAGCUGCCAGUAGAAAAUUAAUGCUUGAUGGUCCCCUCAUCUCAACAAUGUACCCAAAGCCCUGCUUUGAUAUGAACCCCUGGCAUGUUAUCAAUGCUGCAUCUACUUAUGUGCAUCGAUCUGAAAGCAAGCCGUCUUAUAAAGGGGCAGUGUGGGUGCCACCUUCUCAACCCAAAAUGCAAGGAAACAACCAUGAUGGCUGCUUCAGCAAAUUUCCUCCACACAAGCCAGAAAAAUACAUUGACUACUUUCGAAUUAUGCGAGGGCCCCGGGAACCCAAAGUGUUCUACCCUCAGAUACAACAGAAAAUGCAGCACAAUUCCGAUUCGGACCAACCAUGAUGUGCGCCUUGAAGCCCAGGAUGGCCUCCUCCUUCUUCUUGGUGAUGAGCAGCAUCUUGUCGAACAGGAACACGUGGCGCAGGGCCUUGGCGCCAGCCAUCCUGAACGUGCCCUCGGCGCACAGCUCGCCGA